CCUAGAACAUAGAUACAGAGACACUUGUGAACAAGAAGGUGAUCUCUCAGCACAACGGAAAAUAUCUCAAUGACUUGACAUGUUCUGGUUGUGAAUUCAGGCUACAAGGGGACAGUUCUCUAAAAUGAGUCUCUCUGGGGAGAGAGAGGAGGGGGGCCCUGCCUCUAAAACGAGACUCUCUGGGGAACAUGACACCAAAGCUAAGAGACCAAUCAAGCAGGAGAGACCAGCCUCCUCUGUACCCAGCUGUGUGUCCAUGAAGAGUGACCGGUCUAUGGAUGCUCUUAUAUACUUUAGAGAGGGAGACUUUUCUACUGAACAAAGAAACCAACAGGAGAGAUCAGAGUCAGAGAUUCUCAGUGGUCAGUCUUCCCAAAGUCAUGAAACAGACCUGGCCUCCAUAUUCAGUUUGCUUGAAGAGAAAAUUAUGACAUUUGUGAAGAACGAGCUGAAGCUGUUCAAGAGGAAUCUUUGUCCAGAACUCCCAGAAGGCUUUGAGAGUCAGAAGCAGGAUAAGGAAGUGGUGGAUGCUGAAGAUGAGCAGCAGGAGAGCAGUGCCAGAGAGGGGGCUCUGAAGAUCACACUGCACAUCCUGAGGAAAAUGAACCAGAAGGAGCUUGCUGACACACUGGAGAAAUAUGAGCUUGCUGUGAUUUGCCAACGUGAACUCAAAUCUAAUCUAAAGAAGAAGUUUCAAUGUGUAUUUGAGGGGAUCGCUAAACAAGGAAACCCAACACUUCUCAAUAAGAUCUACACAGAGCUCUACAUCACAGAGGGUGGAACAGGAGAGGUCAAUAAUGAACAUGAGCUGAGACAGAUUGAGACCACAACCAGGAAACAAGCAAGACCAGAGACUGCAAUCAAAUGUAACGACAUCUUCAAACCCUUAACUGGACAAGACAAACCUAUCAGAACUGUGCUGACAAAGGGAGUCGCUGGCAUUGGAAAAACAGUCUCUGUGCAGAAGUUCAUUCUGGACUGGGCUGAAGGAAAAGCAAAUCAGGAUGUCCAAUUUGUAUUUUCAUUCCCUUUUCGGGAGCUGAAUUUGAUGAAAGAGGACAAACACACUUUCAUUGAACUUCUCAAUCACUUCUCAAUUGAAACUAAAGAUUCAAGAAUCUCCAACUACAACAAGUACAAAGUUCUGUUCAUCUUUGAUGGUCUGGAUGAGUGCCGACUGCCCCUAGACUUCCAGAAGAACAAGAUCUGUUGUGACGUCACAGAGUCAACUUCAGUGGAUGUUCUGCUGACAAAUCUCAUCAAGGGAAAUCUGCUUCCCUCUGCUCUCCUCUGGAUAACUACCCGACCUGCAGCAGCCAAUAAGAUCCCUUCAGGGUGUGUUGACCAGGUGACAGAGGUACGAGGGUUCAGUGACCCACAGAAGGAGGAGUACUUCAGGAAGAGAUUCAGUGAUGAGGACCUGGCCAACAGAAUCAUCUCACACAUAAAGACAUCAAGGAGCCUCCACAUCAUGUGCCACAUUCCAGUCUUCUGUUGGAUUUCUGCAACAGUCCUUGAAGACAUACUUAAACAUAAGAGAGAAGAGAUACCCAAGACUCUGACUGAGAUGUACACACACCUUGUGGUGUUUCAUACCAAACAGAAGAAUGAAAAGUAUCUUGGGAAAGAAGAGACAGGUCCACACUGGAAUAAAGAGAGCCUUCUGUCACUUGGAAAACUGGCUUUUCAACAGCUUGUGAAUGGCAAUCUGAUUUUCUAUGAAGAAGACCUGAAAGAGGCUGGCAUUGAUGUCAAUGAAGCCUCAGUGUACUCAGGAUUGUGCACACAGCUCUUUAAAGAGGAAUGUGGGCUGUACCAGGACAAGGUGUACUGCUUCGUGCAUCUGAGCAUUCAGGAGUUUCUGGCUGCUGUAUAUGUGUUUCUCUCAUUCAUCAACAACAAUGAGAAUCUAAUGGACAAACUGAAAACAACGUCCUGGAAACCUUCUGUGAGGAAAAGACAGAAGCCUAAAUUUACUGUCUACAAGAGUGCUGUGGAUAAAGCCUUACAAAGUGAGACAGGCAACCUGGACCUUUUCCUCCGCUUCCUUCUGGGUCUCUCACUGGAGUCCAAUCAGAAGCACUUACGAGGUCUACUGACAAGGACAAGAAGCAGCUCACAGAGCCAUGAAGAAACAGUCAACUACAUCAAGGAGAAGAUCAGGGAGAAUCUCUCUCCAGAGAGGAGCAUCAAUCUGUUCCACUGUCUGAAUGAACUGAAUGACCAUUCUCUAGUGGAGGAGAUCCAAAGCUACCUGAGAUCAGGAAGUCUCUCAGAAGCCAAACUGUCACCUGCACAGUGGUCAGCUCUGGUCUUUGUGUUGCUGACUUCAGAAAAGGAGCUGGAUGUGCUUGACCUGAAGAAAUACUCCAGAUCAGAGGAAGGUCUUCUGAGGCUGCUGCCAGUGGUCAAAGCCUCCAGAGCUGUUCUGCUGUCAGGCUGUGGAGUCACAGAGGAAGGCUGUGCUUCUCUGGUCUCAGCUCUGGAGUCAAACCCCUCACACCUGAGAGAGCUGGAUCUGAGUAACAAUGACCUGAAGGAUUCAGGAGUGAAGCUGCUCUCUGCUGGACUGGGGAAUCCCCACUGUAAACUGGAGACUCUGAGGCUGUCAGGCUGUCUAGUCACAGAGGAAGGCUGUGCUUCUCUGGUCUCAGCUCUGAGGUCAAACCCCUCACACCUGAGAGAGCUGGACCUGAGCUACAAUCACCCAGGAGACUCAGGAGUCAGACUGCUCUCUGCUGGACUGGAGGAUCCACACUGCAGACUGGAGAAACUCAAUGUGGAACAUGGUGGAGAGAACAGAAUGAAACCUGGACUUAGAAAAUAUGUCUGUGAUCUCACACUGGACCAAAACACAGUAGACAGACACCUCUCUCUGUCUGAGGAGAACAGAAAGGUGACAUGGAGGACAGAGGAGCAGCCGUAUCCUGAUCACCCAGAGAGAUUUGAUGGCUGUGGACAGGUGCUGUGUAGAGAGGGUCUGACUGGGCGCUGUUACUGGGAGGUAGAGUGGAGUGGAAGAGGGGCGAGAAUAGGAGUGACAUAUAAAGGAAUCAGCAGGAGAGGAGGGGUUAAGGACUGUUGGCUUGGAUGGAAUGACAAGUCCUGGUGUCUGUUCUGCUCUGACAACAGUUACAGAGUCUGGCACAAUAAUAAUCUCACUACUAUAGACGUUCCCUCCUCCAGCUCCCAGAGAGUAGGAGUGUAUCUGGACUGGCCAGCCGGCACUCUGUCCUUCUACAGAGCCUCCUCUGACACACUGACCCACCUGAUCACAUUCACCUCCACAUUCACUGAGCCACUCUAUCCAGGGUUUAGGGUUUAUGAUGAUUCCUUUGGGAUUUGGGACUCCUCAGUGUCCCUGUGCCAGUGAUGCACACACACACACUGACACACUCACACACAGACACACACACACUGGACGGACACACACACUGGACACACACACACACUGGACACAGACACACACACACACACUUUGGAUACAAACACACACACAAACACACACACACACACACACACACACACACACACACACACACACACACACACACACACACACACACACACACACACACACACACACACACACACACACACAGACACACUUUGGACACAAACACACACACACACACACACAUUGGACACAUGCACACACAAACACACACUGGAUACACACAUUGGACACACACACAUAUUGGGGAUACACACGCUCUAGUGCACACAUACACACACACACACACACACACACACACACACACACACACACACACACACACACACACACACACACACACACACACACACACACACACACACACACACUGACACACACUGACACUCACACACACACAUAGUGGACACACAUACACUGUACACACACUCAGACUGGACACACACACACACACACACACACACACACACAUAUAGGCGUUUUCAGAAAACAUAUGCCGUUCAGGGCACCAGUCUAGGACCAGUGGUUGCUAGGCAGUUUCUGGAUCCCAGGUUCUAGAACAGUUUCUAUCCCAGUUCUAUCUGCCUGUUAAAUCAGUUUCUGGACCACAGGUUCUAGAACAGCAUCUAUCCCAGUUCUAUCUGCCUGUUAAAUCAGUUUCUGGAUCUCAGGUUCUAGAACAGCUUCUAUCCCAGUUCUAUCUGCCUGUUAAAUCAUUUUCUGGACCACAGAUUCUAGAACAGCAUCUAUCCCAGUUCUAUCUGCCUGUUAAUUCAGUUUCUGGACCACAGUUUCUAUCCCAGUUCUAUCUGCCUGUUAAAUCAGUUUCUGGAUCACAGGUUCUAGAACAGUUUCUAUCCCAGUUCUAUCUGCCUGUUAAAUCAGUUUCUGGACCACAGGUUCUAGAACAUCUUCUAUCCCAGUUCUAUCUGCUUGUUAAAUCAGUUUCUAGACCACAGGUUCUAGAACAGCUUCUAUCCCAGUUCUAUCUGCCUGUUAAAUCAGUUUCUAGACCACAGGUUCUAGAACAGCUUCUAUCCCAGUUCUAUCUGCCUGUUAAAUCAGUUUCUAGACCACAGGUUCUAGAACAGCUUCUAUCCUAGUUCUAUCUGCCUGCUAAAUUAGUUUCUAGACCACAGGUUCUAGAACAGCUUCUAUCCCAGUUCUAUCUGCCUGUUAAAUCAGUUUCUGGACCACAGGUUCUAGAACAGCUUCUAGCUCAGUUCUAUCUGCCUGUUAUAUCAUCAACCUAAACUGUUUUCAUCAGACUAUUAGAACAUGACUGAACCUUUUGGUUCCUUUUCUGAUCUUUUACCACUUUGCAUUUUUAUGAUAAUUUUACUGUUUGUGUUUGUAACACAGGAGGUUGGUGGGACCUUAAUUGAGGAGGACAGGCUUGUAAUGGCUGGAGGGGAAUAAGUGGAAUGGUAUCAAACACUUGGUUUCCAUGUGUUCCAUUUCAUUCACUCUGUUCCAGACAUUAUUAUGAGCCAUCCUCCCUUCACCAGCCUCCUCUGGUAUGUACUGUCCUAUAUGUGAGAGAGAUCCAACAAGGAAUUACAAUGUAUGUAUUGCUUUUUAUACCUGCAAAUGGCAAAUAAACUACUAGAACUCCUUAUGAAUGUCUGCAGCUGACUAGACUGUUGGCGUCUGACAAGAGGUGAAAAUAUUACAGGAAUAUUCUGCAAAUGUUGAUGAAGACGUCUCUCAAUCCCCCCAAAACAUCAUGCAGUCUUUCCACAAGACUCCCAUGAAGUUAUAGUGUGACGUUAUGAGUUGACGUUAAAGUAACAUUCUCAGAACAUACUGCACUUAUUUUUAUACUGUUUUAGAUGGAUACUCUGUUUAUCAUCUUGUUUUAUACUGUUUUAGAUGGAUCCUCUGUUUAUCAUCUUGUUUUAUACUGUUUUAGAUGGAUCCUCUGUUUAUUAUCUUGUUUUAUACUGUUUUAGAUGGAUCCUCUGUUUAAACAUGUAAACUCUUACAAUAACACUGUUAAAAUACCAAUGUGAUCAUUUGUUGUCUUUUAUGUUGAACAACAAAUUGUACAAUUAUAUAUGGCUUACGCGUUAUCGAUUCUUCAUUGCUUCUGCCAGUCGCAGGUUGAUGUUUGUCAUGAAUCUUGACCUGGAAGUAGAACUGCGAGAUUUCCUCUAGAUAUGCCAGCUGCAAAGUCAAAAUUGGCCUCUUUGCUGAACUACCUCCAGGGCAAGAUUCAUGACAAUAAAUGCCAACCUGCCUCCCAGUCAUCCCCUCCUUAUCUUUACAAGGCUGCAGAACAUGCAAGCUAGUGAUGUGGGGGUUCUCUCAUAACCCUCAGUCCCCAGGUGGGUAGAUGGCAGGUUGUAUAAAGAGAAGCUAGUGAUGUGGGGUUCUCUCAUAACCCUCAGUCCCCAGGUGGGUGGUAGGUUGUUAAGGGAAUUUUUUUGAUCAAUAAUGAAUAAUUAUGUAUACAUUUCAAUCAGGACUGACUAAUCAGAAUACUAUUAUGUUACUGUAUAUGUAUGAAUUUUCAUUUUAAUCCUAGUACUGAAUAUAAUGUGUGUAAAUAUAAUCAAGAAUUAGAACAAUGACUGUCUGUUCCUUGGUAGAAAUGAUUGAACUUAUAGCCAGACUGGCUAGAAGGCUUAUCUACACAGGCAGACCUUGGCUCGGAUCAUAAAUUAUCUAAGUCUUGAGAACCAUAUAGCCAUUGUACUGGAGCAGAGAUGAGACUGGGUAGUACGCAAACUAAUGACAUCAUUUUCAGUUUAUAACCUGUGGUAAAAUGGGUAAUGGGCUCUCGUGAAUAAACACUGCUGAUUGACUUUAA